AUGGGAGGCUGCUGUUGCUGCUUUUCUAAAGGAGUAGAACUCAACACUUCACCCCGAUUCUAUCAUUAUCCAAUAGCAUCAGAGGAGCGUCAACCUUUGUCAUCAUCAAACAGUGGUGCAGUUUCUGCACUUUCUACAGGGCUUUUAGUUGAUACAAAUCUUGAAACUUCUUCAAUACCAGAUACAUAUAGACCUCCCCCUGCCCCUAUCCCAUAUGAUGUAAAUGUUGACCAUCAUCCAAGAAGUCCACUCAGUAACAAUCGAGAAGCUUCUGGUGUUGGAGAAAUAACCAUCAGUAGUAACAACAGUCCCAGUGGCGAAACUAAGAUGAGCUUAACAAAUCUGGUGAACUUAAGAAGCCUACUGGACCUAUUUUGCCCCCCGAGGAAUGUCCCACCUGUCUUGAAGAAUAUGAUGAAGAAAACCCAAAAAUAAUAACGAAAUGUGAACAUCAUUUUUCACUUGUCAUGCAUUCUUGAAUGGAUGGAAAGAAGUGACACGUGCCCUGUGUGUGAUCAGGAGAUGAUAAUCAACUUUCCCAUCAACGAAUAGCAACAAAUACAUUGAGGGGGGUUUGGGUUACUAGCAACCACCGUUUGGAUUUGAUUUUUUUUUAUUUUUAAUUGGAAAAACAAAUAAAAACUUGAAAAAACUAAAACCAACAAGAAAAGCAGUAUCAGUGAAGUUGGUUUGAAGAACAAAAAAUGUUGGAAAAUGAAUAUUAUUUUGUACAGAAGUUUUCAGGAGUCAUGAUGUUGGCCUUUUUAUACUUGUUUGUAGAAAGAAAUUUAUG